AUGAAGAUUCUUGCGCUGUGUGAAACUGUGUCGGUGCAGUACCUUCCGCCGGAGCUACAUCGGGCGCACUGCCGGGGACUGGUAUGGUCGGGUCGCUCCAAGCGGGAAUAUAACCAACUAUCAGAACAAUGUUUCGGCCUCCACAAGGAUUACAACUGUUUCAUAAUCCACCCAUACAUAAAAUGGGGACCUAAAAAAGUAUCCGACACAAAUCCCACAAGACAACUUGAAGAAGCCGCAGCUUUGAUCCGUACUCUUGCACCAUGGAAAGUAAACGACACUUUAGCAGUACCUUUAGAAACCCUAGACAAAAAAGAAAUCUUCGGUUCAGGUACAGUAGAAAAACUAAAACAAACCGUACGUCGAAAUCAAUCAAUAACCGCCGUAUUCAUCAACGUAAGUCGAUUAAAAAGCGUCCAACUUGAAGAAUUGGAAAAAAUCUUCCAAGUACCAAUCUUUGAUCGGUACAAAAUCGUAAUGCAGAUAUUACGCCUGCAUGCAAUCACGAAACACGCAAAAUUACAAGUCGCCUUAGCGGAAAUCCCAUAUUUACGCGCAAAUAUAAAGAAACACGAUUCGCAUUUCAUGGCAGCGAGUAAUUUCGACACCCGGCGACAAAUGCUACAAAACAGAGAGAAUAAAAUCAAAGGAGAAAUUAAAAAGUUACGUGGACAAAGAGAAUUGUUAAGAAAAAGACGUCGAGAUAUUGAUUAUCCUGUUAUAGCUGUUGUUGGCUACACAAACGCAGGAAAAACUUCAAUUAUCAAAGCACUGACAGGCGAUGGUAAACUAAAACCAAGAAAUCAAUUAUUUGCGACUUUAGAUGUAACAAUGCAUGCGGGAUUAUUACCAUGUAAUCUUGAGGUGUUAUUUGUUGAUACAGUUGGUUUUAUUAGCGAUAUUCCGACGAAUUUGAUCGAAUGCUUUGUUGCUACGCUGGAAGACGCUUUAUAUGCUGAUGUUAUAUUACACGUUGAAGAUCUCUCAAGUGAAGAUUACUUGUUUCAACGGAGACAUGUAAUGUCUACACUUGAAAAUUUAGCUCUGCAGACUGAUACUAAGCAAUUUCAACAAAAAAUGAUCACUGUUGGUAAUAAAAUGGACAUAUCUCCAUUAAAAUCCACUGAAUCUUCAGGAGAAUUAUGUGUUUCUGCUAAAACUCUUCAUGGAUUACCGGAAUUAACUGAAAAACUUCAAGAUUUAGUAAUUUCACAAACAAAUCGCAUUGUUAUGACCAUCCGGGUACCAACAGGCGGUGAUGAGAUAAGAUGGCUGUAUAAAAACGCGGCGGUCGUUGAUGUGACACCAGACGACAACCAGCAGCGCCAAAACGCGCGUGUGGUUAUAACAAGAAGUAAAUUGCAACAAUUCAAACAUCACUUUGUGCAGUAAACACUACAAAAAUAAAUCCUUCACCUCUAUAAU